AUGAGUGGAGAGGAAUCCAGGAGAGGAUCAUGGAGGGGAGGAAGAGGAGGCAUUGGUAGUGGAUGGAGAGGCAGAGGAGGAGGAGGAAGUAAUGGAUGGCGAGGUGGUGGUGGAGGUUAUGGAUGGCGAGGCAGUGGAGGAGGUAACGGGUGGCGAGGCCGUGGAGGAUGGCAGAGUCGGUCAUGGAGAGGAAGGACAGCAGGAGGAGGUGGGGGAGAUGGACGAGGAGGAUCCAUCCAUUCGUCCAACAGCCAGAGAGGUGAGCUCUAUUUUCUGAUUUUGUCAAGUAUUCAAUUUCUUCUCCAGUUAUUACUUUUUUUCCUUAAUCAGUCCACUCUGGAUGCAUGCUGUCCAUAUAAAGGUUGGGCACUGUACUUCAGUGAAGGCUUCAUGGAGAAUUCACCAAGUAUGGACAAAGUUAAAGUGUUUGAGAAAUAUUUCUCUUUGAAGAUCAACCUGUAUGACAAGGAUGAAAUUGAACGUCAGGGCAGUGUGUUGGUGGAUUAUGCAGAUUUGACUGACGAUAAGACUGUGCGGGAAGCUCUUCCUGAGUUAAUAUCUGAAUUAAGAGAACAGCCAGAGGUGAUCCUGAACUGUUUGGGACUCGCCGUUCACCAGGUUUUGACUUCAGAUUUAGAGAAACAGGCUGCUGAGCUGAAAGGGGAGGAGCUUCCUGUGGCUACACCAAUUAUCAACAUCCCUCACAUUAGUGCAAGGUUGUAUAACUAUGAACCGGUGACUCCUUUGCGGACUUUGCGAGCCAGUGUUUUUGGUCAUCUGGUGUGUGUGAGGGGCACAGUGGUCCGAGUGAGUAACAUCAGGCCUCUCUGUACCAGACUGGCCUUCAGGUGCCUCCGCUGCUCACACACGCAGUCUUUACCGCUCCAGCAAGGCAAAUAUGCUGCACCCACCAAGUGUACAGGACCUGACUGUCGCAGUCAUUCCUUUGCCCCAAACAGAACUUCUACUCUCACACAGACUGUUGACUGGCAAAUCAUCAAGGUGCAGGAGUUGAUGGGCGGAGAACAAAGGGAGGCUGCACGAAUCCCACGCACUGUGGAGUGCCACCUGACCUCCGACCUCUGUGACAGCUGCGUCCCCGGAGACACCAUCACUGUGACAGGAAUAGUUCGAGUUACCAACGACGGCAGUGCCAGGGGCAACAGGGACCAGUGUAUGUUCCUCCUCUACAUUGAUGCAACUUCAGUCAGCAAUACUAAAGGUCAAAAGUCCCAGGCAGGAAGCCAGGGGUCAAGGGGGUCAUUUGAAGAUCGGGCUGCAGGGGAGGAGUUCAGCCUCAAAGAGUUGUAUGCCAUCCAGGAAAUCCAAUCUCAGCCAGAGUUGCUGAGACUUAUCGUCCAGUCUCUGUGUCCUGUCAUCUAUGGCCAUCUGCUGGUGAAAGCCGCCCUUGCCUUGGUGUUGUUUGGAGGCAGGCAAAAAUACAUUGGCAAGAACACCGUCCCAGUCAGAGGAGACCCACACGUUUUAAUGGUGGGAGACCCAGGCCUGGGAAAGAGUCAGAUGCUCCAGGCUGUGUGUAAUGUGGCUCCCAGAGGAAUCUAUGUGUGUGCCAACAGUACCAGCAGCACGGGUCUGACUGUCACGUUAUCCCGAGAUCCUGGAACAGGAGAUUAUGCUCUGGAAGCUGGAGCCUUGGUAUUGGCUGAUCAAGGUCUAUGCUGCAUUGAUGAAUUUGAUAAGUUGGGUAACCAGCAGCAGGCGCUGUUGGAAGCCAUGGAGCAGCAGUCCGUGAGUUUGGCUAAAGCUGGAAUAGUUUCGUCUCUGCCUGCCAGAACCUCAGUCAUAGCUGCUGCUAACCCCAUUGGAGGACACUACAACAGAGGCAAGACCGUCUCUGAGAAUUUGAAAAUGGGUUCUGCUCUUCUGUCUCGCUUCGAUGUCGUCUUCCUCCUCCUGGACAUUCCAGAUGAGUCACAUGACCGCCUCCUGUCAGAGCAUGUCAUGGCAAACAGGACAGGAAGGGGCACAACCAGCAGUGCAAGAGUUGGCAGGGCCAACAGCAGCAGUUUUGAGACGUCAGUUCUGCUGGAGCACACAGACAUGCCGCUGUCUGAACGCCUGCAGGUUCCUGCAGGUGAAAUUCUAGAUCCCAUCCCAGCAUGCUUAUUGAGGAAGUAUAUAAGCUACGCUCGUCAGUACGUGCAUCCCUCACUGUCGCCCGAAGCAGCACAAACGAUUCAGGACUUCUACCUGUCGCUGAGGUCUCAGGCACAGUCUGCACAAGCCACGCCCAUCACCACACGGCAACUGGAGUCUUUAAUUAGACUGACUGAGGCCAGAGCCAGAUUAGAUCUCAGAGAGACGGCAACCAAGAGUGAUGCAGAAGACGUAGUGGAGAUCAUGAAACACAGUCUGGCUGAUACAUACUCUGACGGUUUGGGCAAUCUAGACUUUGAGCGCUCUCAGCUGGGGUCAGGCAUGAGUCAGCGUGGCGCUGCAAAACGGCUGGUAAACGCACUUCACUCGCAAGCUCAGAAGACCAGUCAGAAGCUGUUUGACCUGCAGACGAUUCGAUCUGUGGCCGACAGACUGAAUAUCAAGGUGUUGGACUUUGAGGGUCUGGUGAGUUCACUGAAUGAACAGGGUUUUCUGUUGAAGAAGGGAGCCAGACUGUACCAGCUGCAAACUGUGUGACCACAGACAGGGGAGCAUUAUGCAGACCUUAUCACAGGGUCUGCUUUCACCAUCAAGGAACCAACCCACAGAUUAACCACGAAACACCAAACCAACAACAGACUCAAAUACACGAGACAAACUCUCUGUCAUAUCAGUAUUACUGCAAAUACACAUUAUCACUUUUACAGUUUUCUUUAAACAGGUUUCCAAGUCACCAAAUAUGUUUUAUUCUUGAUUUACAUUCAUCCCUUGCAAGAAGGAGGCAAGUGAGGGAAGCCACCAAGACAUGAAUGACUCCAGCAUGAAGCUGUGUGACUGGUGGUGCGACCUGUGUCUGCUACAUCACCAGUUAAGCGGUAAAUUGCUCCCGUCUUGGCUUCAGAAGCCUAUGACAUAGACUGACAUUCUGGAUGAACUCCAGAAGAAACAGCUUUGUCACAUAUACAACUUGCAGUAAUUAUUUGCGUGUCACUCCUGAGAUUGUGUUGCAUCACGAACUACACAUACAGAACUAAUAAUAAUAAUCUAACACAAUAAGUAAUAUGUACAUAUUAAAAUAAGGAGUUAUGUGUGUCUUUGUGGCUUCCCUCACGUAAUUCCUAAGUGGUUAAUGCGAUUUUUUUUCAACUCCUUAUGCACUCACACUGUGAAGUCUACAAGCACAUCUUUGUUUCAUUUUAACUCUGUUGUGGUUUAUAGAGACAAAAUAAAAAAAACAGUCACUAUCCACUGUGACCAUUUCUUGCAUUUUUUUCUGUCUUAAUAAUUGUCUGACCAUCUGUUUAAACUUGUUUUUCCUCUGUUUCUUGCUUAAAUAAUUAUAUUUAUGUUUAACUAUUUGUCAUCUUCAUGACAAAUGCAACACUUUUUGUACAAUUAACAUCAAACUUACUGAGCCAUCCCUAUUAAUUUUACACUUGAAUUGAUAUGUACUAUAUGUGUUUAUAUAUUUAUGGAAUGUAUUAGUUUGGUUAAAGUGUCACUGAAAUAGCUCUGUGACAAAGUUAAUGCUCUUUUGAGUUAAAUGUUUAAAUAUGAAAUAUUACCGUUA